AUGCCAUCGAUGGUAGCUGCAUUGGCGGCCGCCGCCGCUUCGUCUCGAUUGUCCCCGUUGGCUGCAAUCACAGUGACGGAUCUUUUGAAGGAAAACGACAAGACACUCUGGAAAUUAAAGCUCUACAAAGAUCCGGCCUCCCAUUUCGAAGAUUUUGAUUCCUUUUGCCGGGCUCUCUCUGAGAACACAACCGUCACAUCUCUGGAAGUUACUUGGAGAUUUCUUCGCCAUCUAACCCAAACCCAGCGCAUCACCUUGAUGGAAGCCAUUGGAGGCUUGGCGAACUUGGAAGAAAUCGCCAUAGAAGUUGUGGGCCCGACCUUUGUGCUGACAGCGGCUUUGCGCAAGGCAUCCAAACUGAAGAGCUUGCGAAUUGGGAAGCUACGGUUUUUAACCAACCAAGAUGUGCAAGGAUUGGCCGCUGCCCUCCUCUGUUGCAAGAAUCUCCAACAGCUUAGUUUGUCGUCUGUGCAAAUUAUGGUGCAAGGCAACCACAUCAUGGAUGCAGCAGGCAUUGUCUUGUUCCAGGAAAAUCAGCAAGAAGGAAGGGAAAAGAUUGGUUUGGAUCCUUUGUUAGAUGCAAUGGCAUCCCUUCCCGUGCUGGAACAUAUCCGUCUGCAGCACUACCUUAGUGGUAGCAAGAUUCAACCUCCCACUGAGCGCUCCUUACGAUCGCUUUGCCACUCUCCACGGCGGUCUCUCAUCUUUGGUUCCUGUGGCUUGUCCGAUGAGCAGUGCGUGACAAUUGCAGACGAGCUCAAAACCAACCGUGCCUCGUCCGACUUGUCGAUUCUAGUGGUGACCAGAAACUAUAAGAUCACGUCGUUUGGCUGGGACGUCUUUGUUCAGAUGCUGGCCAAGAACGAAACGUUGUUGGACUUCCACCCCGGCGAAGAAGGACAGCGAAAUGCCCCAUCGACAGAACAGAAGGCUAAAAUCAACUAUUAUCUGAAGCUGAACCAGGCCGGACGAGGAAAGCUGCGUGGAUCCAUGACGGAAAGGCGCAAGGCAUGGUUCGACUUGUUGGUGCAAGGAUCGAAGUUGAAGGACCUUGAUAUCGUCUUCUUUGCCAUGCAGGUGGAUCCUUCCCUCUACAUCAUCGAUUAA